AUGUUGAAAAUGAUGAAUGUCCGGCAGCAGCCCCACAUAGGACCUCGUCCUUCCACGUUUGCAACGGAGCAUGGACCAGAGGCCGUGGCACGGUUUGACGAGACCCUCGAGUCUACGCCUUCUUCUACAGUCUUUUCAAAGUCUUUUUACGAGGCGUACAGCGACAUGGACUCGUCCCGCACCUCGGUCAUCAGCGAUGGCGAAGAACCAAUCACCAGGGUGUCCAGCGGGUCUUCACUGGAGUCCAGUAUCGCCCACGGAACGCGGUACAAGCUCACGAUGAAGCUGUCUCCUCGCGAUAUCAUGCUGGUCCGCGAGUCAUGGUCCAUCAUGCUGGACGACGAGUGCCCUCCCGAGAAGCUUAAGAGCUUCGUGUCCAAAUUGGCCGCGGGACGUGUGCUCACCACUACCGAGACUGGCGCGAGUCGCAGCCGCCGUGCGGGACACCAAAUGGGCCGCACGCCCUUAGCAUCUAUAGACCAAGACCAAAGCGCCGAGCGCGCGGGGCCUCGAGCGCGUCUAGCCACCAACAUAAAGAGCUCGAAUUCGCUGUUUGGUGCGCAAUUUCUGGAGAACAUCAUCGCGCUGGCGCCACAUCUACAAACAUUGUUCCCUACCAUAAAGCAUGCGGCCGUCGGGAUCACCGGCGUGCUCACUAUUGCGGUCAACAACCUCGAAGACUUGUCCGUCAUGGACGGCUACUUGACAAGCUUAGGUAAAAGGCAUGCAAGAAUCCUGGGCGUUACCGCCGACCAGUUUGAGUUCGCUGGCGCAGCAUUUCUACAGACAGUACAGGAGCGGUUCGGCGUGGCAUGCACCGUUGAGCUGGAGGAAACUUGGCGUAGGCUGUACUCUUUCCUAGCAAACAGUCUGCUGCAGUUCGGAAUCGACCCUACAAUUGAGCUGCAGACCCGCGACAAUGAGGUUGUGCUUAUGGCGCCUCCUGAACUGAACGGCCGUGUGCCGGCCAAAAAGCCGGAGACAACUGCGCACGCCGCGGCACGGUUGCAGCAAAAGUCGUUAUUGGACCCCGUAGCGAUGUCAAGAGAGCAAAGGGCAUCUGGGGCCCCAUCGAUGAUGCCAGUGGGCACCAGUGUGCCCCCAAGGUCGGUGAAGAGGAAUGCGCAACCCGGAUUCAGUAAAGGGCGUAAGAGCGGUGAGAAGGACUGUGUAAUAAUGUAG